AUGAAAUUCCUCGCUGUCGCCACCGCCGUCGUCUCGACCCUCCUCUUGGCCACCUCCAACGUCGAGGCCCACGUUACCGCCAACCCCUCCGUCGGUGUCUCUGGAGCAUACUUCCAGACCAACUUCCGCGUCCCCCACGGCUGUGACGGUAACGCCACCGACCUCGUCAUCGUCGAGAUCCCCAAGGACGUCACCUCGGUCAAGCCCCGCGCCACCUACCCCUGGAACACCACCAUCAACAUGGUUCCCCUCGCCGUCCCCAUCGUCACCCCCACCGGCACCGUUAACACGACCGUCGGUUCCAUCACCUGGUCAAACGGCAACCUCGCCGAUAGCAUGUACGAGGAUUUCGGCCUCCAGUUCAAGCUCCCCCAGAUGAUCGGACCCCUUUACUGGAGCGUUUACCAGCACUGCAUCAACGGUGCCUGGAACAACUGGACCAACGUCCCCGAUGCCAGUGGCAAGACUGCCGGCUUCCCCGCUGCCGUCAUCAACAUCUCCAACACCACCACCACUGCCCCCGGAACUAGCAGCCCUUCCACCGGUGGUGACAGCAAGAGCGCCGCUAUUGUUUCCCAGAUCUUUGGUCUUGGCCAGGUUGCCCUCGUCGGUGCCGGUGCCUUGAUGUUGGCCAUGCUUUAA